GGAGGAUCUAUUGCAUGGAAUUUUCGGAGAAAAUGACAGAAGGAUCUUCAUGGAAGCUUCUUAGUGAAGCGCAAGAUCUGUCAGCACUUCAUCGUAUUCUGAGUGACCUUUCUUCUGAGGAUAUACUGUCGUUGGUGGACAAGGCUUUUCUUGCUGUGAUCGGUGCAAAUUUUGCAGGUUGCAAUGGAUCAGCUUCUCCGUCUCUUCCCCCAUUCAUGUCUCAUGUUGUAGCCGCCUCAAAAUUGAAAUUUGAUCUCAAUGAGCCGUACUUCAAAGUCAGACGACUAUCUUUGCUUCAUUUGGCCAAAAUUGCUCUGCUGGAUCAGAAGCAUGUCAUCGAGUCGUCCUUGAGGGCGAGGUUGUUAACAUUCAGGAUUUUGCUGCUAUGGCAAAAAAUUCUUCGUGAACCUUGCACGAUUUUGAAGGAUCGCAUAGAUGAUAUUACUCGAGACCUUAAUAUCGACGAGCUGGAAGAUGAAGAGAAAGUACAGUACUUGCUAGAAAGGGCAAAUUCACAUCUGGUUUACUACAAUUACGAGAAAUGCUCUGACUGCAUAGAACAAGCAUUGAAGAUUUCUGGACUGAAUCUGGAGCUGGCGGGAAAAAUGGGUAAGCGGACACGUUUCCAGAAGGAUGACAUAGCCCAACUUGUUUUGAGCGCCAAUUCUACAGCGCCGUCGCAGGUUCACCUAGAUGCAGAUGUUCCCGCAAAUUGCUCUCUAAACGAUGAUACCCUCCUUGAAAACAUCUCACUUGCCGAAGGCGACACGCAGGCUGGAUAUCUAUCUCCUAUACAACUUGCUGUAAUUCUGGCUGUCUUUCGAUAUGAACGGCGAACUGAACACUGUGACGAGCUAUUCAUGGAAAGAGCAGACGCAUUUCUCGACAAGAUUAUCAGUCAGAGACGAUGUUGGCCGGUGCAGACUGCAGCUCUGUUAGCUAGAUCUGAGCUGGAAAGGACGAAAAAUCGACGAGUGGAAAGAGCAUGUGCACAGUCUGAGUUGAUUUGCAAAUUGAUGGAUGGAGAUGACAAGACUGCUGAAGAUGUGAUCUCAAAGCGUUGCAAAUUUGUGCUUGCCAGCGGUUUGGAUCCUUUUUGGGAAGCUCACGUUAUACAUGCGGAGACUCUGCGAUCUCUAGGGUGCACAUCGGAAUGCUUGCUAAUCUACGAGAAGCUUGAAAUGUGGGAUAAUGUCAUAGACUGUUUCAAGCAACUCGGUCAGCUGGAGAAGGCAGAAGCUUUGAUUAGAAAAUUAUUAGCAGAUCGGCCUAAUGACUCUAUGCUCUAUUGCUAUUUGGGAGACAUAACUUUGGAAAGAAGUUAUUACGAUAAGGCCAUUGAGAUAUCAAAUGACCGAAACGCUCGUGCUCGCAAGUCAUAUGGAUUCUUGAUGUUGAUUCGUAAUCAAUUUGAUAGUGCAUAUGAGCAUCUGAGGAGGAGUCUAGAACUGCAACCUAUACAGCUCGGAGUGUGGUUCAAUGCCGGUUACUGUGCGUGGAAGUUGGAACGUUAUGCAGACGCAGUCACCUGCUAUCAUCGAUGUGUUAGCUUCGAGCCAGAACAUUUUGAAGCGUGGAACAAUCUAUCGGCUGCUUAUAUCAAGUUGGGACAGAAAGAGAGAGCUGCCAAAAUUUUAAAGGAGGCCUUGAAGUUCAACUAUGAACACCCAAAAGUGUGGGAGAAUUAUCUUCUUCUAUGCGUGGACACCGGACAAUUUGAUCAGGCGAUCCUAGCGUUCCACCGACUGCUGGAUCUCAAUAAACAGCAAAAAGAUGACGAAGUCUUGGAAAUCCUCGCUGCAAAUGUAUCAAAAAUGUGUGAUGAGGCUGAUGACGAGCAGUCGAGGAAUGAAGCGUCAUCAUUGAAGGCAGAGCUGGUGAAGCUGUUUGGACGAGUCAGCUCGGCAUGGCGAUCGUAUGCAUCCCUGAAGAAACCCAAAAGCGAUAACAUUGAAGAGGCAGAAAAAUACAUACAGCUGUUGGAGAGAGCGUUACUUGCAGACUCGAAUAAGCCCAAUUGGAGCAAAGAUGCUCAACAAUGUUGUUCUGUGCUUUCCUCAGCCAUUCAAUUAUCUACCGAACGUCUCCGCGUUGCCUCGCUCAAAGGAGACGAUGCGGUAAAACAGGCAAAAUCGCGAGUGAGGAUGUCUCUCAGACCAAUGGUCACGAUAACAAAAAAGGAGUGGAGCGGACGCGAGCAUGAUGGGGAAAAAUUUGCAGAAAUUACAAAAUUGUUAAAUGAAGCUGAUAAAAUGUUAUCGGAAGUAUCUUUAUAAUUUGUGUGGAGAUUGUUAUCUGUUUUAUCGUUCCAUUCUUGAUUGUUACCGC